AUGUGCAAACAGGUAGCUAUCCGCUAUAAGGGGUGCAAUUGUGUCAUAGUUAAUCGCCGGAAAUGCGCCAUUGCCAAGCAGCAGACAUUCGAGGCCGGACACAGCAUCUGGUGCAAAGGCGGCGUGCGGAAUCUCGAGGAGUUUGCUAGGUGCGAGAGAUGCCGGACAUACGCCGCAGAGCAGAAGCAGAAGUUCAGAAAGAAGGUCAGGGUCAAACCUACCACCCAGUGCUUUUGCAUAUAG